GUUCACAGUGACGUCAAUUAUUACAGCUUCCUUUUGGCAACAUGGAUGUCAGGCUGCAUAUUGUCUUCUUUACAACACUCGUUCUCCCAAGAUCUUUUGUUGAAAUUAUUGCAAACUAGUCGUACUCGGCUGCUUCUGUGCGAUCAGGAAGGUGCGGAGAGAUGCUUGGCUGCUAAAGCUGAAUGCAAUGAACUAGAAGUGUUCGUUUUGGGCGAGUUCAAGGGCUGCGUUUCUUUCAAUCGGCUUAUUGAACGGAAGGCUUUUACUAUUGACGAACUCAAAAGAUCCGAUCCCUACGACCCGAAUGAAACGGUAUCCAUGGUUUUCUCGAGUGGCACUACGGGAGAACCGAAAGGAAUUCUUUUGACGCAUUUAAACAUUUAUAGUUACCUCCUCACUGCAAGACCAAACGCUAACAGACCUGGGAUGAAAACGCUCUUCGUUCCGCGGAUAGGCAAUGUCAUGGGUCUCGUGUUUGGUCUGAGAGGUGCGCUUAUUUACACUAAAACAUACCUGAUGUCUUCCUACAAGGACGAGUGGUUAUUCCAAGCCAUUGAGGAAAUCAAACCGGAACGCGCUAUGCUCUACUUACCUCACAUAUUGGCCAUAACUAAACAUCCCAAAUCAGAAGCGAGCGACUUGUCUAGUAUUGAAGCCGUAUUUACAGCCGGAAUGUCAGUUAGCAAGAACUUGCAACAAAAAUUCUUUCUAAAACUACCUUCGCUGAAGACCUUUUUUAUGUUUUACGGUAUGACUGAACUUGCCAUUGCGACAAUGCGGCCCUUCAGCGAUUAUGAGCAAAACAUUCACCGCGUCGAAGUGCUAAAAGAAAACCAUCGUUCUAAACCAGAGUCAAUUGGGCAAUUGUGUCCAAUGAAUCAAAUGAAGGUCGUGGAUGAAUGUACGCGAGAAAUGUUGGGACCAAACCAAGCAGGUGAGUUGUGCUUUAAAGGGCCUUCCGUGUUCAAAGGAUAUUGGAAUAAUCCAGAGGCAACGGCUGAUAUCAUAAUUGACGGAUGGCUCCACACAGGCGAUAUCGGCUACUACGAUAACGAAGGAGACAUAUUUUACGCCCGGAGAAGCAAAGAAUUAAUCAAAUAUCUCGGCCAUCACGUGAUUCCAUCCCAGCUCGAGACGAUUUUGAAAUCUCACCCAGGAGUCGAGGACGCUGCAGUCGUGGGAAUCAAGUGUGAAGAUUGCGGCGAAUUGCCCAUGGCGUAUGCCAUGAAGAAACCCGGAUAUGAUAAACUGGAAGCAACCAAGCUGAUCAACUUUUUACACAAUCGAGUUCACGACGAAGCUAUGCUCCGAGGAGGACUUGUGUUUAUCGACGAAAUUCCUAGAAAUGUUAUGGGCAAGAUUUCUCGCAACCAGUUGCGCGAACGAGCAGAAUUAGAGGCGUUACAUUUUACGUCAUCUCGGUAGUUUGAAUUCAGGAAGAGUGAAUUGUAAUGCGUGCGCUUCUCGAAAUGGAUAUUUCGAUCUUUUCUUAUUAAGACUUUAGACAAAUUUCAAUAAAA